GGUUUGUGAAUAUAACAAUGGGGAUGCUGGAGUUUUGCAUUGUUGAAGAUGGAGGAGACGCCACUUACGUUUCAAUUCCUCGUGGUGGCCCUAUAUACGUCCCUGACAUGGUGGGUCCGCUCACCCGAGUUCCCGACUUUGAGUCUGUUGUGUUUCAUCAGCUUCAGGAUCUCAAGGCGGAGGUGGAGGAGCUUUCCUCAGACUCGCUUGAACCUUGCGGUGAGGAUAUUUCAGUUGAUGAGCUUAAAAUUAUUACCGAGGAAGAGUUGGUAAAUAAGGCUUUCAAGGAAGCAUUCAAGGAUGGUGAGGUAGGAAAUUCUUCACAAGUUCCAGAAGAGCACGUGAAUGCAGGGAGAAAAGAUGAUAGCAGAAUAUCAAGCCAUGAACAUGCUUGUUUGGAAAGCUUAGAAAGAGAAAGGGAUGGUUCAACUUCGAUUGUGUCCUCAAAUGGCUCUCCUCUUAGAACUGGUGAUAAUCAAGAAUUGAGUGAAGAUACCUUAAAGAAGAGGAAGAGAAAGAGACGCAUGAAUCAGAAGAGUCAUACCCUUAAUGGAAGUUAUAUUGCUAAGGUGGAGCAACUUGCAAGAAUUAAACAAAAACAAGAUGAAAAUAAAGCAGCAGCGAGGUUGCAUUCAUUCAAGUAA